GUCACCUGACUUAUUGACUAUUUUUAGGAUCCACUGGAUCCAGGUAUUGUUGUUCCAAAACAGAGGGAACAAUCAUGAAUUACUCAUUGACGUUCGAAUUGUUACUCUAUGUGAAUGUCUUCUAUUUUGGGCUGUACUCAUGCUUGGAAUUCGCUCUCAUUGUCUAUAAAGCCUUCAAUUUACCGGCCUACCAAUUCAGUUCCAAGAAUCUCAUCAAUGAUCUCAUUCUACUCACAUUUUUGGUCAUUUUCGAGACCAUUCGAUUGAUUUUGGGACAAAAACAUGAAGCAACGGACUUUGACAAGGACCUGAAUGCGGUGUUCCGCCUCUUGGUCCUCACCGUUCCCAACAUGUAUUUGGUAGCAUUUUUUUCUUUUUGGCAGACCUAUGUGACUCGAUUGGAAUUGGCCUUGGGCGUGAUCAUGCUCAUCUUUCAAGGCAGUCAAAUGGUGGCCUCCUUUUUCGUUUUAGGCCAGAAAUAUUGGCCUCGAAAGUCCAACAAAUCCUAAAAAUCCGAGCAUCAACUCGCCCACUUGCCAAAGAUCCGUCCUUCAUAAUGCUUCUGAUUUUUUGCACAAAAUAUGCCGAAAUAAAGCGCGUAGGUGAUGGAU